AUUAGUUUCUAGUUUUGAGUCUGUUCAUUUAUCAGCAUUUUCUGUACUUGCAAUACGAGACGAGAAUACGUGAUUCUGUUCUUGUGCAAAUAUCGAAGAGAAUAGAAUACUGUUAACAAUAUCAAUGAAAAAAAUGGAACAUAGCUUGAGAUAAUGUAGUAUCGUCUUUACAAUCCAAUGAAUAUUCACGAAAUUUAUACUGAUUUGUAACCGUGGACUAGUGUUAAACAAUUUGCGUCCUGUUCUGCAGAUAAACAAAUCAACAGAUACGUCAUCCGUGCCUUGAUCGGCGCAAAAUAAUGAUUUCGCGAUCGCAGUCCGCUAACCUUAUCAGUCAUUCGCGAUUUUUCGACCGUCGUGUGACCUCCGUUCUUACGCGUUUCAAAUUUCGAUAUAAGUUAUUAUUUUGUUUCCUGUUGUUUAUUGACGUGGAAAUUUCGCUGAUAGACGAUAUUUGAUCAUAUAGGAUAAGUUCGUGAUGAAUAAAUCGGUACCAAUUUGUUAUUACGCAUUUACCUUACUAAAUACACAUAUAUAUAUAUACUAAAUACACAUAUAUAUAUACAUAUGUAGAUGUAUGUAUAUAUAAGUAUUUUCCACAUAUUACAGCAUGGAAAUUUAAAACUUUCUAAGAUAUAUCGAUUCUAAAAGCCACUUUCCUAUACUUACUUUUUUGUUUUUACUUUCUCUUCAAAAUCUGGACAUAUAAGUCUUAAUAAAUUCCUUGUUUUCUUUUGUUCUUAACCAGUUGAAUUUCUUGAGAAGAAAAACCUAAUCGGUAAUUCAGAUAAUUCUACCGAGAUAUUGAAAAGAUAUGAUAAAACAAGUAUAGGAGGAAAUAGUCUCGUGCAAGAGAAUAAAGUACAUCACGUUUUCCAGUAUAAAGUCACGUUUCAACAACUGAUAGCCUGGAAACUUUUUACUGUUUGAAUAUGCCCUGAUAUGCCCUGAUAUGCCCUGAUAUGCAGGGUCACACGAUUGACCUCGAUACUGGUGGAACAACGAUAAGGAAGGAUUAUCCGAUCUUGAAGUCGUUCCUUGCGGGAUCUUUCUCCGGGACUUUCUCCACAAUCCUCUUCCAGCCGCUGGAUUUGGUGAAGACUAGACUUCAAAGCAGAGUCAAUGCUCAUUAUGCAACGCCAAAAAGUGGGAUGUUGGGAACAGUGGCGCACAUCGUGCGGAAGGAUAAUGUCUUCGGACUCUGGAGAGGGAUGACACCGUCCAUUACGAGAGUAAUUCCUGGUGUGGGCCUGUACUUCUCGUCAUUGCACUGGUUGAAACACACCUUUGGUCUGGAGGAACUGACGGCCCUGCAAGCUAUUUCCUUGGGUAUCACUGCGCGAUCCAUGUCUGGCGCUCUACUAAUUCCCAUCACAGUCGUGAAAACGCGAUUUGAGAGCGAUGUUUAUAAGUACAACAGUAUUAGCGAGGCCUUGAAAUUGAUCUAUAAACAAGAAGGAAUGAAAGGCUUGUCAAGUGGUUUGGUACCCACAUUACUACGAGACGCUCCUUACAGUGGUCUAUACCUUAUGUUUUACACUCAAUUAAAAAAGAUGGCUGUUAGCACAGAAAAGACAGUCGACAAGUCGUCCAUACCAGUCCACUUCAGCUGCGGAAUUUUAGCUGGCAUUAUGGCUUCUAUAGUAACGCAACCGGCAGACGUUAUCAAGACCAAAAUGCAACUGUAUCCAAACGAAUUUAACGGCAUUUAUCAUGCGACAUUGUUCAUUUAUAAAAAAUACGGUAUCCUAGGGUAUUUCAAGGGUAUCGUGCCCAGAAUGCUAAGACGAACUCUAAUGACCGCUAUGGCUUGGACAGUGUAUGAACAGGUAACGAGGUUGAUUGGACUGAAGUAAACGCACUGAUGCAGAUCUAUUUUUAUACCAGAACAGAAUUACCAUGUACAGUAUUAAUAUAAAUUAUGUUCAAUUGACCACGUAUUUAUUACAUUAUAUAAUAAAAAAAAAUGGAAUAUUUUAAAUAUACAAACAAUCCUUUAUAUCGUUACUUAUUCUUCACUGCACAUUAACAUUUAGUCGCACAUUUAAUAUUUUUUAACACAUUGCGUACGGCACUCUACUCGCUCAACACGACAAUUAUAUACACAUUUAUUCGUUAACCAUUUGUUUUGAGAAUGCGCGAGACUUCGUUACCCUGGUGACGUAACAAAAAAAUCUAUUUUGAAUUCCUUAAGUCAUUGAUUAAAUCGAAGAAACCUGAAAACGAGAUAUCUCGUCGCCCGGCCACAACGUUCGGCUUACUAAAAACGAGAUUUCUCGUCACCCGUACGCAAUGUGUUAAUAAUCAUCCAAAUUUCACUAAGUUAACUCGCGAAAUUCCAAUUUAAAAAAUCUGAUGUGAAAGGUCAAUAGGUUUCGGCUAUUUUAAACAUCUUUUCAAUUAGAAUUACCCAAAAUAAAAAAGAAAGGACCAAUGAAAUUUCGUUGCGACAUUGUUUUAUUAAUUUCAAAUAACAAUCUUACGAGUAUUACAAUGUAUACUAUAGACAAUUUACCUUGCUGAUUGAUCUGUUUAUGUAUAGACGGCCUAAAAGUAACAAUCGCUCGUAUCAUAAGUUAAGCCAAUCCCGAUUUCUCUGGUGUUGACGCAUAUUCUUUCCUUCGUUUGUCUUCUCUUUCUCUCCCACUCUUUCACCACCGUUGAGAUUAUGCAAAAUCUACCUUAACGAUAUGUUAAGCGACGUCUUACAUAAUCUCCAGUUAUUUCUUCUCGCGUCUUCUUUCUGAAAGUAGAGAAUCCGAGUUUUAACAAGAAUGUCUCCAGAUCACGAUUCGAUGUGGUCAAACAUUGUGCAUCAUAUGCCAGCUUCGCUGGUAAAAUCUUGUCUCUCUGUUGUGUUUGUUUAAUAAGCGCACGAGGUCCUUAUAUUAGAUGUUAUUAAUUGUGUCGAACGACAUCGGAUACGGCUGAUGCGCCUGAUCACCUAACUCUUAUUGUCAGAUGAGGUAAUGACUUAUGGUGAAAUAAUUGCGAAAAUUUUUAAAUAAUUAAGUUUUCUUUUCAAGGAAAUUGUUGCGAAGAUUGUCGCAAAAAAAAGAAAAGAAAGUCAAUGUUUGCUCUUAGAGAUAUCGUAUUAUUUGUCUCCUUCCUUCGUUAAUGUUCAUUUUCUUGCGUGAUGAGGAAAUGGUAUUUUCGUAUUUUCAAGAGAGAGUGAAGAUGUAUCCUUUUGUGAUGAUAAAGAUAGUGCGGUUCAUUAAUGUUAGUCUUACUUCCUAUGUAAAAAAAUGAUAAAUGUCUUAGUUUCUUCUGUUAUUGUCUCGGAGUACGCGAAGCGAGAUUCGGUCACUCUGUGCACUGGAGACACAAGAAUUUCUGCACUGUCUAAAGUAACAGGCCUAGAAUCGUUAGGUCCCUAGUUCGCCGACUCGAAGAAAACAUAUUCGAGAACAGAAGCAAGGGGAAUAUUCUCCUGGGCAGGACAUGUGUUGGUAUUAUCAUUCCGGCAUAAAUACCUCGUCAAUUGCGUGGCAGAAGCUAGAGCUUCGUAUAGUCACAGUCACACGUUUGCAGGGCGCACUCGUAGUUGUGCACUCGUGCAUUUGCAGUCGUGGACGAAGCUCUACGAAGCGGGCACUGAGAGCUGUGUCCCCUCCACACUAAAUCACUAAAUCUCUUUCUCUCUCUCUCCCUCUCUCUUAUCGACGCGCGAGCAAUACCGCACUUUUAACGAACCUACGAAAGACAGUUCCAUGCCAGAGAAGCAGGGAGGAAUAAGGUCCAAAAUUAUCCUUUUAUUCAACGGGGAAUACGGGCUUACGUAUAAGCUAGAGAACGAAGCGAAUCCAAUGGGAGCUCUCGAAAUUCGACUGGAAUUCUGGAAACAAUGCGUUAAGUGCACGUUAUGAUAAAUAAAAAAAAAAU